AUGUAUGAUAAUAGGAUCAACACCAGAUGCAUUUUUGCUAAAAGCAUGCUUUCUUAUAGAUUUCUUCGAGGGAUUGCAAGUAUGUCUCUGAUACCUUUAAUAUGGGUCCUCUCAAAUAGUGUAAUUUUUACUCAGAUCUAUCAAAGUUCAAAUAUUUUCUUUUUCAGCUGGGUUUUCUAUUUUGCUUUUGAAUCUCUAAGUAACAUCUUAAUUCAAAUGAACGAAAAAUUUGGCCUAUCAAGACUUCUCUAUAUUAGCUACGUUUUCGGCUCGAUCAUAUCAGGAACUCUAAUUUUGAUUGCAUUUUUACUUUCAGAUGUCACAGGAAUAAUCCUAUUUUUCUUAGGCAGAAGCCUUCAAGGACUAAGUGAAGGUAAAUAAUAAAAAGGGUUAAUUUUCAAAAGCGAAAGUCAUUACAUACAGAGUAUCUGCCAAAAAACUGAAUCAGACGCAAUUCUCUUUAAACUAAAAACCUGAUAUUUCAUUGGUGCGAUGUUUGGUUCUAUGCUCGGAUUUAUUAUCACUAUUACAGAGAUUAUUGAUUCAUGUGCUUUUCUUAUUUUUUUCUAUAUAAUUAUUAGUGUCAUACAUUUUAUUUACUCAAUAAAAACCUAUCCGAAGCUCCCUCCAUAUUUCGAUUUGAAACUUGGGUCAAAAGUCCAUAAGACUUAUUUUGGGUUAUCAUUCGAAGAUCACUACCAAAUUGCCAAAAGAGAUAUGCAGGUCAUGCAUUUAUCAGAUAGAUCAAUAGCAAAAACAAGAAUCUGUGGAGUUUUAAUUAUUUCGCUUUCUGGAUUUGCGAAUUGUAUGUCAUUGGCUUUCCUUUAUUCAGACCAAACAAUGCAUAUAUAUGAGAGUUUUGACAGCUACUAUAUAUUUAAUGCAUAUAUGUCAGCUAUGGUAUAAGAUAUUUAGAUUUUGGCAGCACUAGCGAUGGUCUUUGUUAGGAAAUUAAAAAAAUAUUUAUUCAUCUACAUCGUUAUUUAUGGAUCAAUUAUUGUUGCAGCUUUAUGGCUUUGCAUGAUAAUAACUAGCAAUUUUGGUUGGGCUGGCUUAUAUCUUAACUUUAUUCUUUUGAUAUGGGGUUCUCUGCUAUUAAACGAGCUUUCAAAUUAUCAAGCUUAUCUUAUCAUCGGUCCAAAAUCUCACCUAUUUGUAAAUCUUUUGUAUUUGGGAAUUUCUAGCUCUGGGUAUAUUUUCGGUGCAUUUUUAGCAAUUAUUUUUGAAGAAAAUUAUAUAAAUGCAUCAAUUUUGAUUAGUUUUUUUAUGGCAUCUGCAUUGCUGAUACUCGCUGUUUUCUCAGAAUGCCAAGAGCAUCCCGAAUUUGUAGAAAAAGUAUCUCAACACACAAUAAGGGAGCUAAAAUAUCCUUUCCAAUCGAGAAAAGAAGCAAGUGAUUCUUUGUUGCAUCCAUUAAUUGACAUCCCUGAUGAAUAA